AUGAGCCCCCCUAAGGACGUCGCUAGGUCGAUUAGCUCUAAUAACAAUGAAAAGAUAUACGAAAUCUACCUUGUGGGAUUAAAUUCUCGCCAUGACUUGGAUGCAUCACUGAAAGAUCUCAGUUCUGCCGACUGGGUAUACUUGAUGCCACAUAUCGCUUCUGAAGCACAAGUAUUCGACUUUGCCCUGUUUACGAGCCACACCGCUAUAGUAGAUGGCCGAGCUGCCUCGUCUAGGUUGAGCUCAGUCCCGGGCAAUGAAUCGGACCUCGAUGUGAAAGGACAAAGUCCAAAAGGCAGUAAACAAGAUGGCCUACAAGUGCCCAAUAAGCCUCGGUAUGAGAGAUCUUGUUCUGCUGAGGGCUUAGAGGAGGAGGCCCACCUCCUCCUCAGUGUAGUCAAAAAUCAAUGCUCUCAAAGCAAGUCUGAAUGGAGGCCAAUCAUCUUCGUUGCAUAUGGACUUGGUGGGCUCGUUGUGAAACGGGCCAUGGGCAUCGCCAAUACAAACCCAAGGUACUAUGAUAUUGCUCUAAGAACAAAGGAGCUUGCGAGUUUACCGCCAGGUCCGCGUUGGUAG